AUGGAAGAAGCUGAAUUAAUGAAAGAGAGGCUUCUGGCUAUAACUGUGAGUAUUUCUGUUUGUGCAACAAGGAAUAUAUUUAAUGCAUGUUUUAAAUGUUCCUUUCUAUACGCUGUUGUCUCACCUCCUUUAGUUGUGAUUACACUCUAGCAAGCAAGAGGCUGAUGUGAGAGCAACUUGCUAUAUAAAGUGUGUUCAAAGCUGAACUUACAAUAUGUAGAUUUCAAGGACAUUAGGUCAGUCCUUUGACUUACAAUCAGGACUGCAAAAGUAAAAAAUACUUGUUACAUUUUUCCAAUAAUUAGCUGGAAAGAGAUAUUUCAUGUUUAAAUUUUGUAGCAUUAAAUGUGUUUUCCUUAUAUAUUUAUAAUCAAAUCAGAGAUUGUUAGAUAUAGUUUUAUAUAUAUUAUGUUGCAUUAUACUUGCAAGUGAUAUGAUUCCAUUAUGUGAUAUAUUUGCAAGUCCUGUUGAUUGUAUUUGCAUUAUAAGAAAACUGUCACCUGUGCAGGGGCGGACUGACCGGUCGGGCACUUCGGACACGGUCCGAGGGCCCGGCCGGGAGGGGGGCCCGCCGCCAGGGCCGCCUUCAGGGGGCCCGGCGGCAGGGCUGGAUUGGGGGGGGACUGCAGGUGCCACCGGGUGGCCAGUCCGGUGGCACACUGUGAGGGGGGGGCGGCCGUUUCAUGUUAGAGCCGCCGGACCGGGUGGCAGCCUCGCCGGUCCGGCGGGCUGUGUUUUAGUUUGUUUGCUGCCAUUGGUAGAGUAUAGGAGUUUUUUUCCCCUCUGUAUUUAACACUUCUCACCCCUAAAGAACAUUAGCUUGCUGAAAUGCUUUACAUGUCAAAAUUGUGUCCUUCCUUUACAAAAAGUGCAGAAUUAAUGACUGUCAAUCAGACAACAGGUCCUGUUACUUCAUGAUUAGCUCAGUGGAGCUAAAGGCAGCAAUUGCCCAGAGCACCUGCCUUGCAAAGAAUUUUCAGUGAGCUGCAUUUGGGAGUCUGUGAUUGGAUAGCCACAGAAAGUUUGGAGGGAUUAUUAGGGGAGGGCUUAGCUGUUUUAGAGCUACUCCCCAUUUUUAAAAAUGCAUAAGUAAAUACAUGCACAGUUUCAUUAGGGGUAUGUCUACUAAACAGUGAUAUUUUGUAACAGGAAAAAAUUUUUAUUUGGGCGGUGGAGUGUCUCAUUCCCGACACUCUAACUUAGCAUCAUGGUAUAGCGGUCUAAAAAGAAAAGGAUAGAAAGCCCCAACCCAGUGCUAAAAGGCACUAUAAUUGAGGCUUAAUAAAAGAACAGGCACAUAGAAAUCUGUGAGCACCGAAGGCACCAAUCACAAUUCUACCCACUAGAUCGCCAGAAGGGAUAUAGAUCCAUCUACCUGCCAUUAUUAUUACUAUUUUAUUAUUUAUAUAGUGCCAUAAAAAUUCCGUAGCAAUCCUUACUAUUUUGCAAUUAGUAUUUACUAAUGUAGAAUUCGUAUAGCAUGUCCUGUUUGCGUUAGAAGUUUUAGUGUAUGUAUAUAAAAAGUAAAAGGUUUUACCUGCAGAUCACAUUGAGUCUAUAUUAGAACAGAUUCUAUAAGAAUACCUGUGGAUUCUCUGGAAGUAGAGCCAUCAGGUGCUUAUCAUCAAAGCUGCGAUGACAAAUGAGGCUUGUUACCCUGCUAAUCCUGGCUAAUUUAAGCCUACCACCUUUUGUAGUUUCUAGAAAAUGAAUUUAAAGAAAAGGUGGAAUUUCAAAGCUGCACCUUAACAAAUAGUGAGUCUUACUACUACCUUAAUAUAUUUUUUUUAAAUACCAUUUAGUUAGCAGAUUUAUUUGAAGCAAACAAUUCUGCUAUUGCUACCUGAAACCAGUAGGGUGCAGUAUGUUUACUUGUCUUAUAAAUCCAUUCAUUACCACAAACAUAUAUACUGGUCAUUGGUUUCCUUUUUGUAUUGCCCCUCUAUCUUAACCUUUACCUCUGUACUAUUCCUUACUCAAAGGAGAAAUCUUUCCACCAGGACUGGGCCUUUUUUGUCCCUUGGCUGCCAUGAUUCCCUUUACCUUUCACAGGUAAAGACAUUGUGUUUGAGCUUGUAUUUAUUAAAUACACAUGCUCAGUAUUUAGUAUGUUGUAUUAUGGCAAAAAGAAUACAUUUCUUUGACAUUCUGCUGGUAUUCUGGGAAACUGCAUUCCCAAAAAUAUCACAACAUUACUUACAAAUCCUCAAGAGGAGUCAUGGCAGUGUGUCUUUGUAUACAAUUAUUUUGAAUGCUAAUUACAUGUUUUGCUCCAAUUAAUAUGAUAGUGUUAUUUGAUUUUAAUGUUUACAUGAUAAACACACGAGAAAUUAUAGCACAAAUUCUUUCAAAGUUUCAGAUACUGAUAGAUUCUGUAAGGGCUUAAUUUACUUGUUCUGAUUUUGUGUAUUUUGUACUAGAACAACAUUGAUAAAAUGCCCUUAUAGAGUAGACAACAAUAAGUCUUAGUUUAUAUAAAAAAAAAAAACAAUUGUGGGUACUUGCCAACCCUACCACCAUACUGUCAAUUUAAUCCAUUUAAUACGCCUGGCCGUAGCAUGAGAAAAUCAUCUUCCCUAAUUUAUAGUAAGAACCUAACAUUUAUAUUAUUUUUUUGAUUAUUAAACUGGGGAUUCAUGAUAAAUAAUACCAUUUUAAUUAUAUUGGCUGAGCUGGAAAGAUAACAAAAUUGGAGAAUUUUGAAAACAUGUUAUUAAUUAUUUGUUAUUACUGAUAAUUUAUAUAUCCACUCCCUGACUGAAAAUAUUUACUUUUCUGAAUGUGUUAAUGCUGAGAUGGUUACAUUUGUGUACAUCUACUUCUGAAACGUAAAUGCAUUAUGAAGCACACGUUUAAUGACUCUGGGGAGUUUCAGGCCAUUGUAUCUUUGCAUUCUAUCAUUCCAUUAGACCAGUCACAGACUGGAAUAAAUGCAUCAGCUAUUUUUGCGAAACAAGGAGCAGAUAACUCCUGCAGAAAAACACUGAUCAUCCACCAGAGGCAAGAUGUGGCCAAGUGUGGUCACUGAACUACUGUGAACCUAUGUCUCAAUUAUGCUCUCAUUCCGUAUUAUAUUGCCUUUCUCUGAGGUUUGAUAAAGAUUACCAAGUAAUUGGCCACCCAUCUGAUAAUCAAGAUUACCAAGUAAUUGGCCACCCAUCUGAUAAUCAGAGGGUUAACACAUUCCAAGAAUAUUGCUGAUAGCUACAAAUUCUAAUGUCAUGUCAAAUGUGAAAGGUGCUACCGGUAACUGACCCUGAAGAAUUGAUGAAACGUGAUAGCAAUUGGUGGCACUUUGACAGUGACAGAACUAAUGUAGAGAGGGCACAUGUGCAGGAAUUUUGGGGUGGUCAAAAGAUAGAGCCCAGUCUGUCAUACAAUACCCUCAAUGCUGUGCUUGUUAAGGAGUUACCAUUUACCCAUCUUUUCAGUGAGUAGUGUAAGCCUUUUUUGUAUGGCGUGUGUGUAUUGUGCGUGUAGGGGUGCAUUUGUGUGUAGUGUUGGCAUUGGAAUGCAGUUGUGUGUAUGUAUUGUUGGCACUUGAAAGCAGUGGUGUACUUGAGCGUAGUGUUUUCGUUUGAUUGCAGGGAUGUGUUUGUGUGUAGUGUUGCCAUUUGAAUGCUGGUAUGUAUACACAUACACACAGAUACACUGACACAAAUACACACACUCUGACACGGAUACAUAAACACACAUUAACAAAUACACACACUGAAUAGUCAUAAUUUCCAUAUUUUCAGUCACCCUCCUGUUUCCAUACCUUUUGGGUGCAGAGAAGUGUUUUCCCUGGGUUCCAGUGGGAUCUUGCUUAAGACUGUAGUAGGCCCUCUUCUUCCUCUCCCCGACAUAUGUGCCUCCUCUCUCCGUAAGCCGGGAGGAAGUGACCUGAGCUUACUUCCUCCCAGUACUGCUGAUGUGACAGGGGCUCGGUCACUGGUCCCCUGAUGGGACAUGUACUGCCACACCGGCUGCAUUGAUGAUAGUUCCGCUACAUCUUUAAUAAAAUGUCAGUGUUUUAUUGAACUGUCACGAGAAGUAAACUUGUUUAGCAAUACCCCUAAAGGAUAAAAGUGCUUUCAGAUUUAUAUACUAUAAUGGGACACUACACUCUGUUCACAGAGAUGCUUUUGAAGAAGUAUUUAAACUGAAAAUGUAGAAAAUGUAGUUAAGCUAUACAUGAGGUACAAGUGUUAGUCCUCACUGAAAUAUUAACCCAACUGGAACAAGUGUAACAGUGUAUGAAAAGUAUAGUAAAUUAUUUUAAGCCAGCAGAGUCUUGAAAUUGCUUUUGUAACAGUUUAUUAUUAUUUCCAAAUUAAAUAAUAUUUAGCAUGGGCAUUAUAUUUUUAUGGGGUAUACAAACUGGGCAUAACCAGAGACUGACUGUCAGAGACUUACAUCCUAUUAUCCUCAGUCAGAGAAAACUACUUUGAGAAAAUGUUAAACCCCACAUUCACAAAUGUUUGCUAUACUCGAAGCAGGGUCCUAAUAUGAAUGUCAGUAACAAUAGUAAAAUAUAGAGUGCUUUGAAAUGUGAUGAGUUUAGCUUUAAUGUUUUGCGAAUAACCACAGCAUUUUAAAAUGUCGUUGACGUACUCUUUAAGUAGAAUUAUUAGUAAAGGGUUGUACGCAGAGGUCAGUUAGCAGGACACAUUGUCUCGCUGCAAGCCCUCUGAGUUAGAUGUAAGCGUGCAAUGGUUAUGUUCCUCUCCAUGGAUCCCGUUUAAAAAUGAGAAUCCUACUAUUGAAACAGCUGGAUCAGACUACGUGCUUCAGAUUGAAAUAAGCCACAAUAUGAUAAUAGUACCUUCACCAAACAUUGAAUUGUGGUGAAUCAAACAUCAAAUUUCGAAUUUAUAGGGAAAGUUCUCCAACUCCGUUACAGUCACAGCUUUGCUAUAUCAGAUAGAAUUUCACAAAGUUAAUUGCACAUUAAGUUAGUAUUUUUUUAUAUACACUAAUGUUUCUUGCCCCACUGUCCCCCCCGUCCAAUUUAAAAAAAAAAAAAUAAUAUAUAUAUAAAUAAAUAAAAAACUAUAUAUAUAUGUCAUUUAUGUUUGAGCAUCUUAAAUGCUGUAAAGCGUGUAAUAUCACAUUUAUAUUACAGUUAGAGCAGCAGAUGCAGGCAGUGAAGACCCUGGGGCUUCUUUAGUCUCAUAAUCAUCCUCUCACUGUAGCAGGUAAUCUGUAACAUUAAGACAUGGCUCAAAAACUGACUGUGAUUUGAGGACUAUUUUGUUAUUUCAAAUGGCAAAAGGGCAGAACAAAGCUUAGUCUUAUAUUGUAAGAUAUGGAUAAAAUCUCGCCGAACAUAUAAAUGAUCACUAUAGUGUCAGGAAACAAACUUUUUUUCCUGAUACUAUGUCAUCCUUAGGGGACCCUCACCCCCGCCGACUUCAGCUUCCGAGUGGAGCGGUAUGCGCAUGCGCGGCAAGAGCCGCGCUCGCAUUCAAACAGUCUAUAGGAAAGCAUUUCUCAAUGAUUUCCUAUGGGCAUUCUGCACGUUGGAUGCAAAUUUCACAUCCAGCUUUGCAGAAGCGCCUCAUGCGGCUGUCAGGAAGACAGCCACUAGAGGUUGGAAUAACCCUGCUAUGUAAACAUAGCAGUUUCUCUGAAACUGCUAUGUUUACAUGUGAAGGGUUAAAACCGGAGGGACCUGGCACCCAGACCACUUCAUUGAGCUGAAAUGGUCUGGGGUACUAUAGUGUCCCUUUAAGGGGUAUGAGUGUUUCGCACUUCAUAAGUUCCAAUCUGUUCCAUAACAGAACUUAAUAAGUAGAAUUCCACUGAGCUGGGUUCUGCCCCUCCGCUAUAUAGGUCUGAGAUACUCACAGUUUAGAUCAGUGAACAGUUCCUUCAUAGAAUGCACAAAGGUGCCAUCACAGUGAUGGAGUUGGAAUUGAAAAACAAAAGACUGGAAAAUCUUUGUCUGGGGUCAAUCUCAUACUAAGGUACUAAGGCACCAAAACAACCAGUCAUCUUUUGAAACCCAUCCAGGCCAUUUACUGGUUGGGCCUCUGCUGGAGUUCAUACGUGGUUCAGGAAAUGACUCUGUCUGCUAGAGAACACAGGUGUCAACGCACAAUGCUGAGGGGAACUUGCAUCCCAUUGACACACUCAUGAAUGACAUUUGUGUCCCUCGGCUCGCUAUCUGUGUCAGUAUGCGUGAUAACAUAACACACCUGCCAAUAAAGCAUGAUGCACACCUGUCUUUUAAUGACCGGGAGCUGACCCCAGAGAUACAGGUAAACUGCAAAUGCAGGAAUGUCAUUAAUCCACACAAUACAAAUAUGACAACAGCUGAAUGCUUUCAAUGAGGAAGAAGCACUUCCAUGGUAUGAAUAUUUCUCAUUAUUAUAUAAAUCUAUACCCACAACCCACGCGCUCCACUCAGCCUUCCCCUGGUUAUCGCUGACUAAGACUUAAUAAAGGUUCCUAUAGAAACUGCUUUGAAACAGCACUGAGAUAAUGGAACAAAAAUAUAUCUGAACGGAAUGUUUUUAGGCAGAUUUUAUAAACAAACACGUACAGCUGCAGCGGUUUAACAUUAGUUGUGUUAAAUACUGGAAAAAUUUCAAGGCAUUGUGUAAUCUCUGGACCUUCUGCUGUGUGACUUCAACUCACAUACCACUCAGCCAACCUUUGGCUUAGUGUAAUGGGCAUUAUGGUUCAACAGGAAAUGGGAAGUCAAGGCUGAAAGUAGCGUUAGGAACCUGAGAACUAAAGACCGUUUUUUGUUUUUUUUCCAAAUUAUUUUAUUGAACAUUUUUCAAAACAAUUUCAAACAGAACAAAAUUUUGAACAAAUAUAUAACAAUUAAUAUUGGGGUAUAAAAUAGGGAGGGGAGAGUAACAAUAAGGAGAGGAAAUGGGGUUUCCAUCCAUAAACCUCUAGCAUGUAAGCUCAUUGAGCAGGGCCCUCAACCCCUCUGUUCCUGUGCGUCCAACUUGUCUGAUUACAAUUAUGUGUCUGUUAGUCCACCCAUUGUACAGCACUACGGAAUUUGCUGGCGCUAUAUAAAUAAUGAAUAUACAAAUGUAAUGAAUCAUAGAUUGUACAAAACAGAGUGAAAUAUAACAUGGACAUGACAGUCACCACAACCUUUUUAUAUAUUUCAAAGUAUGUUAAAUUAAAUGAUAGGAGAUACUUUUUCCUAAUAUAAUUACCAAAUUAUCCCAAUGGUACCUUAACCGAGCAUUUUAAAGUCUUAACACUAGAUUUUAUUUUCUAACUCUCUCAAAUAUUAAAAGACCGUUUUUCUAUGUUCGGAUGAGCAAAAAAUAAGAGAUAAGAAAAGACUAUAUUUAUCUUCAUCUUUCCAGCCUUGUGCAUAAGAGCAUUUCUGGGAAACUCCCACCCUACCUGAGUAGAAUGCUUUCCACGGCUGUUCCCACCUCCUAUAACCUCCGAUCCAGUACUAGCACGAUAUUUAGCAUACCGCAAUACAAAAAUAAAGUGGCUCAAUCCUCCUUUUUCCUACAGAGCACCGCAAUUAUAGAAUAACCUCAGGGACACAGUCAAAUCUCAAUUCAUUAAGAGAUCUAUGGCAAUAUACCUCAGCACAGAAUGCACCUGUCAUGCUUGAAUAUAUUUAUAUAGUUUGUAUAUUGUAUUUUUGUAAUUUGUAUUCUAUUGUAACAAUGCAAUGUUUUGCGGACCUGGGACAUACUUGAAAACUAAAUAAUCUCAAUGUAUCCAUCCUGGUAAAAUAUUUGAUAAAUAAAUAAUUACAUUUCAGUUGCCCAUAGACAUAAAUAUUGCAGUGUGGCACAGAAAAAAAACAACCAUCCAGUUAGGUCGCCAUGCAGAACACCUGGGAGCAGAAAUAGAAUGGAAGGGGGAAAGUAUUCCCUUCUACCCCUCCCUCUGAACAGCCAAUGGCCUAACAGUUACAAUUGCUUAAGGAGCAAUACAGCCCCUUUCUUUCUAUUAGAUGAAUUUUUAUUCCCUUAACGAGGUACCCCAGUUCAAUUUCAGAGGGACAAGCAAUCCAUCAUCAUUAAAAUACUAAUGUGUAUGUAAAUUUGUUUGUCUUUAUAUAAUUGUAUCUUCAUGAACCCAUUGUGACGCACAGAAAAGUCAUGGCUUUAUAUAUAUAUAUAUAUAUCAUAAAUACUUAGUAAGCAUACCUAAGUAAUAAGGGCCCAUGGCACUGUGACCUCUUGUGCAAAAGUAAAUGGGACAAAAUCUGUGAAUUUAGUGAUAAUGACCUGUAUAUGGGUGCGGCUGCUAAGGUGAAGAGGAGGUAGGCAAAGUUAAAAUUACACUCGACUGCCCACAAAAUAAAAAUCAUCACUAUUUUGAAGACAUGCCCAAUGAAAACAUUAAUGCAAUUAAUUAUGCAUAUUUUCAAUGGGUUAUAUGAAAAAGUUUGCAAAAGCUGCAGAUCUCUUGUCUGCUGCCUUUGCAAGCCCUCCCCUUCUGACCCCACCCAGACUUUCUGCGGCUGUCCAAUCACAGACUUCCCAAUACAGCUCAAUGAAAAAUCUUUGCAAGGCAGAUGCUUUGAGCAAUUACUGCCUAUUGAGUUUAGCUCCAUUGAGCUAACCAAGCCAGGAAGUAAGAGUGACGGUUCUGAUUGACAGCCAGGAGUGUUACAAGGUUUAUGUAUAAAAGUGCAAAAUUUCUAUUAAAAUCUAAACUUUUUGUAAAAUUAGAAAAAGAGGACACACUCUUCACAGAUAAUGUGCUUUAUGAGUCUGGAGUUUUCCUUUAAGCUUCAAUCCCACGAGGUGGCCGAAUUUAAACACCUUAAGCAUGGCCACAGGACCUUUUUGAUUUUUAAAUAGGCAGCACAAUUAGAGUUCACCUGCUACAGUUUUACAGAGAAUUUUGUUUCUUCUACCAUUAAAAGCUGGGGUUUAGAACUGUGGACACUGACAGGUAGUGGAACUACAACACCCAACAUUUUUUGCUAUGUGAGAUGUUGGUCCAAACAGCAGGUUUAAACUUUUACUGGAAAAUAAGUCAUUAUGCCAAAGGAAACAUCCAGAAUACACAAACCAGAGUUACCAUGGAUUCAUUCUACAGAUUCCUGUUGCAAAUUACAACCAUGGCGUAGAAUUCUCCACUUGAAGUCGCUUUUUCAGAUGAGACGCUGGAAACUGGCUUGUUGGUUUUGGCGCUGUAUGGAGCAGCUGUGUGCCUAGAUCCAAACUGAAUCACCAGUUAUUAGGUGCUAGAAAUGCUGUUUAGUCAGAUGCUAUCUAUAUUUAAACCCUUUAUCUGUAAAAUACUUAACCCCUGAACUCGUGUUACAGGGACAAGUUCAGCAGUUGUGCAGAAAACAUCCGUCAGUUCACCUAUGCAAAUAAGCUGGGGCUGCCAGACUCUCCCUCUAUUUCUGGACAAACACUACUUGUACUUAUUGAUAAAUAGGACCAGUAAAGUGCCUUCCCGUGGUAUAUAGAAUUAAAAUGCUAUGUGCAGGAUAUCAACAGGGAUAAGCAAAUUUAAUUCUGAAAAUCUAAAAAACAGCUGGCUUGAAGAAUUUUUACAAAUUAGUUAUUGUGUGAUUUAACUCCUAAAUGACGUAGAAUUGAGCAGUGAGACUGCAGGGGCAAGAUCUACACACCAAAACAGCUUAAUUACGCUAAAGUUGUUUUGAUUCCUAUAGUAUUAUGUUAAAUACUGCUUUAUUGCUGCCUGCCAUUGGCUAAUGACAAUGAUGGCCAACCUGCUAAUGAAGGCUGUUUUGAAGCAGUUGUUGGAUUUGCCAAUGUGAUGAGAAAUGCAUUUCUCAACUACCACGGUGGUAGUUAACCAACACUGGCAUAUGCGAUUCCAUGUAAUACUUAAAGGGACAUCAUAGUCACCCAGACCACUUCAGCUCAAUGAAGUGGUCUGGGUGCCAGGUCCCUCAGGUUUUAACCCUGCAGAUGCAAACAUAGUUUCAGACAAACUGCUAUGUUUACAUUGCAGGGUUAACCCAGCCUCUAGUGGCUGUCUUCCGGACAGCCACUAGAGGCGCAUCUGCGAUGCUGGAGGCAUAUUAUGCCUCCAUCACACAAAGCGUCCAUAGGAAAGCAUUGAAAAAUGCUUUCCUAUUGACAGCUUGAAUGCGCGCGCGGCACUUGCCGCCCAUUCGACUUUGCUGACGUCGGCGGGGUAAGAGAGGUCACCAGCGCCGAGGGAGCCUCGGCGCUGGAAAAGGGUAAGCUGCUGAAGGGGCACUAUAGUGUCAGGAAAACCGUGUAGUUUUCCUGACACUAUAGUGAUACUUUAAUUCCAUUAUUUGAUUGAUCGUACCUGAUGCCCCUGAGUGUAUCAAAAAUAUUGAAUGCAGGGAAAAAUAAAAAGUAGCCAGUUUGUACAAAGCAUCAUAAUGGAUCUGUGAGUCAGCAAUGCCUGGAGGGUAGAAAGGAGGCUACAUUAGACUUCAUGUGUGCCAAAGAAUUUCUAUUUACAGAUCUAAUUUAUUUUCAUUUAUUUAUUUUUUUGCUCAGGACAAGAGAAGGUUGCAAGAAGAUAUUGCACAAAGACGACUGACCAUUGAAGAAGAGAAAUUAAAACUACAUCAUUUAAAGGUAAUUAAGCCAAUGAUGUGUAUACAGUAUAUACCAUUUGGAGUUGACGUGGAUUUACCUGUAGGGUGCAGUGAUACUAAGUUUCUAUUUUCUUAACUGUUAAAGUGUUGUAUCCUUGGCAUAAUGGUAAAGGAUUUUAAGUCGAAGUGGAAAAGAAAAAUAAUUCGGAACAUUAACGCAACAAAUUGCUAGCAGUUUGGAUGGAAUGCUAAACAUUGUGUCAUCUCUAUUUAUGACAGGUGUACUUCAGCCUACAAGGUGUUUGUCAGCUAGUUAAUUUUAAUAAAAUUCUCCGUUCUCCGUUCCAAUUAACCUAGUUACACAAGUGGAUUUGGUAGUUCAUCAAGUAAAAUAAAUAUUCGUGGAAAUGCUUAUUCAUUUUGAAAUUUAAAAUGGAAAUGUCAUAGCCCAGGAUUUUUAACAUCAUGUUCACUUAGCCCUUGUAUGUAACAAAUAUGUGUAGAUGAGGUGUGAAAAUUAAAAUGCAAAGUAGAAAACCACAACUUUUUAUCCGUCAUAUGGGCUCCUCCAUCUUGGCAGCCUGUCGUUUAUUGUUAUUAGUUCCGUCCUUUGCACCUGGAAGUGAGCAUAGACAAAGAAUACAGAACACAGGAAACUAAACCACGUUUGUUUCUCGCCAUGUUUGUCCUGCCUUUAAAUUGUCCGAACUACAAUUUGAUGUCACUUGCUAAAUCUCUAAAGUAAAGAUAAAAAAAUAACAGAGGGUCUCAUUAAAAGAAUAAUGCGAGUUGUCGGUGAUUUUCAACGUUUUAAACAGAUACGUAACGUCUAGAAAAGUGACCGUUCCCCUUUAACUGGCAUGUAACGAUAUAGAUACAGUAAAUCACAUACAGUGGGUAAUCAACUGAAAAUGGUAUAGAAUACAUUUUAAAUAAGAAAUAGUUAAUAGAAUAGCUCAGAUUAGAUGUAUAUCCGAUAUAAACUGUCUGUCCACAUUGUAAUAAAAGCAGCUUUAAAGUCCAGCAAACUGCAAAUAUGAAUUCAUACUUAUUGUCCAAAUUAAUGAAUAGGAAAAUGAAUCGGAACAUAAUUCACCCUUUCGUAGUAUACCAUUAAACAUGACUCACUGCCUGCCGUUCAAGUUAUAUUGAUUCACUCUGACCUUAUCACAAGAAAUUUAUUGUGCAGAUUAUAAUAGAGUAGGUAUAGCGUUGGCUGGGUGGGAAGGCGUCUAAACAAUAAACUGUAGCCCUUUACAUAAAUGGCAAUUUUGAUUGUUUUGCAUUCAUCAGAAGAAUAUUUGCAAAAAGAGCUGGCUUGGUACAUUUUGUUCUCCACUGGACUUGUCAUACAGAUUGGGCCCAGGAGUACUUUAUGUGUGCAGUUCUAUCUGUAAAUAAUCUAAUUUCAGGUCUGUGAAUGAUAUCGAGAACAUGCUGAUAAAAUGAGGUUAAUUUUCAGGUCUGUGCGUGAUAAAGAACAUGCUGAUAAAAUGAGGUUAAUUUUCAGGUCUGUGCGUGAUAGAGAAUAUGCUGAUAAAGUGAGGUUAAUUUUCAGGUCUGUGCGUGAUAGAGAACAUACUGAUAAAGUGAGGUUAAUUUUCAGGUCUGUACGUGAUAGAGAACAUGCUGAUAAAGUGAGGUUAAUUGGAUUCUCCAGGCUGGAGUUAACCCAUUCCAUUUAUUUUUUAUUUUAUUUAUUUUUUGAGUAUUUUGCAUAGAUAAUACUUUAAAAUUUAUAUGCAAAUAUCAAUAAUUCUAUAAUAAGACACUCACAUGUGAUGUAAUCCAUGACCAUGAAGUGACUCAGCCAAUCAUCAUGCUCCCAUAACUUUAUAUGGCAGUGCAGGGUUUAGGUAACCACUACGGCAAUUAGCGGAUGCUGUGAAACCAUGGACUAUGCCUUUGCUGCUGCUCAGGAGAGUUAAUGGAGGUUCUGUGCAGGAGAUAACCUAUAUAUUUAUUUAUACACACCUUAUUUUGAAAAUACCAGCACUCCUGGCUUUAUAAUUAAUGUUGUUCUUUUAUUGUUAGAGACCUCAACGUUUCAGUUCCUCACCUGAACUUUCAUCAGGGCAUCUGUCCUGAUGGAAGUUCCAUUCAGGAACUGAAACGUUGAGGUCUCUAACAAUAAAAGAACAACAUUAAUUAUAAAGCCAGGCGUGCUGGUAUUUUCUAAAUACGGUAUUUACAGUGUUACUUGGCACCUGGUUUAUUUUCUAACUGGAGGUUGGAGUGCAAGAGUUUGGAUUUGAGUGUGUGUGUGUAUAUGUAUGUAUGUAUGUGUGUGUGUGUAUAUAUAUAUAUAUAUAUAUAUAUAUAAUCUCUUUCUCAACAGAGUACUGUCAGGUUUCCCAGAAGUGCACAGUUGUUGACUCUUUUUUUGUUUUAUUGAGCAGUAAAAUCAUCGUACAAACACAAUUGGCUUGUGACACCUAAACAGUGUCAGUGUGGCUAGCUAUCUCUGCAUAUAAAGAAUUCCUCCCUCUCAAGCUCAUCUGGAAUGCCUCUAAUGUGUGGGUUUAAUCAGUGAAUUUUAUUGUUUAUAAUGUAAAUUAAAUGUUUAUUGUUUGAACAAAUAAAAGCUAUAAUUUUAAACAGCGACUUUUAUCCCAAGAGCCACUACCCUCUCUUGGAGGUCAGGUGAGGUUUGCCACAGGCUUUUCAUGAGGACUGAGAGUCUAGUUGCAGAGUGUGUAAACCUGAUGAUAUUUUCCUUGGCGGCCAUGAUGCCGCCUCUGAAGACAAUGGCCUCCUCUCUCACCACUGAUAUGUGACUCUGAUCAUCUUCAGUAACUCUUUGCUGUCGGAAUUAGUAGAUGGCAUGCAUUUGUCCUAAUCUGAGGAGAUAUGAUCAUGUCUGCCAUGCUGCCCCAGGACCUCUCCAAAUCCAAGGAGCAGGAAUAAUGUCAGCUCCAUUUUCUUUUGUGCAGGCCGCGCUGUUUGCCUCAUAAAGCCCCGAUAUCCUGCUAUAGUUUGCAUACUACCUCUGUUUGAGUGUCUUCCCAUAAUAUUCACUCACUGUGUAGCAAUAACAAUAAUAAUAUUGCUUUAAAAGUAGCUAAAUGGUCACAAAAUGUCUUCGGUGUGUUAUGAUGAUUUGGGAUGCAUUUUCCAAACUGUAACAAGGCUAAAGUUCUUCUAAAACUAAUUGCGUCUCCCUUUCAAAUUACUACACAACCCAUUUAGCAGACAAUAGGUGGCGACAGUACAUAUUGCCGAACAAUAACCCAUUUUAAGUCAUGAAUUAAAAAUGAAGUAAUUUGUAAAGGUAAUUGUUCAGCUCUGUUUGGCUGAACUCCUAAAUUAACACAAAUAUUUUCCUUUGGCAAUGAAGCGUUUGGCAGACCUUAAAGAGAAACUAUCACCAACAAGGUAUUUAAUCAUAUGAAUGUUAAAAGUACACCUUUUGCUGUGUAGAAUAACCCGAUUUGACAAAAUGGGCCAAUUCGCAUUACAUUUUAUGUUCAUAUUGGCUGUUGUAUUCUUGAAAUAAAGAUAGCCAAAUGGUACAUUGUAAAAUACUAUUUCAAGCCUGUUUGUACUGAUUUACUCAGAGCCAUUGAUUUUAUUAUUGUUAUACAGCUAUAUACAAAAAAAAAAAUCACAAAAUUAAAAUAUUUUCCCUAAUAUUAACUCAUUUAGAAAGUUUAUUCAAAAUUAUGAAAUAAUUUGAUAAGCCUUUCCAACAAUAUUAAAUUAAGACAUUGGCGUUUCUGCCAUAUUCAUGUGAACUUUGUAGAACUCUGUAAGUAUAACCUGGUAUUUAGUUAACCCAGACUGUUGAGGGACUCUGAAUUUAGGAGAAUAAUACAUCUUUGAUUUUCAUGCAUUUUCAGAUUCAUUUUCAUCUGGCGAGUAAAACGUAGUCCUCUACCUAAUAUUGUUGGAUAACCUUUCCAAAUUAUUUAAUAUUUUUAGAUAAUCUUUUACAAUGAUUUAACAUAAUAAAAAUAUAUAUUUUUAUUUUUUGUAAUAUUUUUAUAUUUUUUUGAUAUAGUGAUAUACGAUUUAUUUUCUGAUAUUUUAAUAUUAAAUUACUUGGAAAACGUAUCCAACAAUAUUAAAUUGAGGCCUUAGUUAGUAGGUCCCGAUGUGUAGUGUGACGGGUGCACAGAAUACCAGCCUAGUUUACGUCAAAUAAGAAGGCAGCACAGAACUGACUUCGUUGGGUUUUGGGGUAGAUGGCCAGUAUUCGUAUCACAGGAGCAUGUUCAACCAAUGCAAGUGAUCAACCAAUGAUUAGUGCCUGCUUGUUGAAAGGUAUACCCAACUUACAUAGUUGUACAGGAUUUUUUAUUUUUAUUUUAUUGAUCUGCGUUUGUUAUGUAGUAACACAUUACUCUGUUAUGGUUUCAUGGCACAUGCAGAUAUAUCGAAUGUAGUCACCACUAAGUUUCAUCACAACCCAGGCAUUCGCAAAAUCGGAUUCAUGUGCAAUCAAGUCCUGUUUGGAAUCAGCUGAGCCAGGAACACUGACUGUUGUUAUGAAAUUAUUUUUGGAUGAGCUAUGCAUGCGUUGCUAAAUAUCAAAGAGUCACAACCUCGAGUUAGAAUCCAGUGUUCAUGACUGGGCAUAUCUGCUGUAAUUUAUAUGAAGAGAAACUCAUAACUUCAUUAAGAAAUCAUCUUCAGGCCUGAAUAUCAGCUACACAUCUAUAGUGUAUAAUUGUAUGGGGGAAAACAACAUCAGCGGCAUUCAUCGUUGGAUGUUUUGAAUUCUGGGCUUCACUCUCAAGAAGAUACAAACUGAUUUUAUGUACUCUAUUGUAAUGUAUAGAGAAAAGGUUGCAAACAAUGAUCAUUUUUUUAAUAAUCAAACACUGUUAUUUUUUUAGAAAAAAUCUCUGCGGGAAAAAUGGCUUUUAGAUGGCUUAAGUACAAUGUCUCCAGAGGAACAGGAGGAAACAUUACGGCAAAGCCAAGCAGACCAAAAGCAGAUCAAAUCCCUAGAACUCAGUAUUGUCAGGUAUGUUCUGCCUUAUGUGGUAUAGCAAUGAUUCCCAAUAGGACUGAUAGUUUUGCACAUAGUUCUUUCUCCUUCCUUGCACACCCUCAGUGCCACAAAUGGUGGUCCCAUGGCAGGAAACUCUGUAGACUUAGUGCCCUAGACAAUACCUACCUUGGGUUAACAUGUUUGAGCAGGGCAUUAGCGGUGUUUGCCACUAGAAGAAGAUAUUAUGUUGUUUCCUCCUGCAAAAUACAUUAAAGGGAUACAAUAGUCAUCAAAACAACUUCCGCUUAAUGAAUGUAUCAUGCACCUGCAGUCUCACUGCUCCAUUAUCUGCCGUUUAGUAGUUAAGUCACUUUGUUUAUACAUCCCUAGUUACACCUCCCUGCAUUUGACUUACACAGGCUUCCUAAACACUUCCUGUAAAGAGUCAUCUAAUGUAUACACUUCCUUUAUUGCAAAUUCUGUUUCAUUUAGAAUUUCUCAUCCCCUGCUCUGUUAUUAGCUUGCUAGACCGUACAGGAGCAUCCUGUGUGUAAUUUUGGUUUUAUUUACAGAGCAGGAGAUUUAAACUUGUAAAGUAAGCUACAUCUGAUUGAAAGUGAAACCAUUUUGUUAUCAUGCAGGCUGUGUCAGUCACAGCCAGGAGAGGUGUGGCUAGGACUGAAUAAACAGAAACAAAAGUGAUUUAACUCCUAAAUGGCAGAGCGUUGAGUAGUGAAACUUCAGAGACAUGAUCUAUACACAAAAACUGCUUCAUUAAGCUAAAGUUGUUGUGGUGACUAAACUGCCCCUUAUUAUUAUUGAACCAAUUCUGACACCCUUCCCUCUUGCUUAGUGGAAAAUUAGGACCACAAGUUGUAAAAAUGAUGCUUAUGUUGCAUCACUAUAUACAGGUCACCCAUAAAGUGGACUUCUAAUUGAAAACUGUUGACGUAUUACUCUGUUUAUACUAGAUGAACAUAAAUGUUCUCUUCUAAUUGAAUACUCAAUGUGCACAGCUUUCUCAUCAGUAUUUCUCUCCCCGUGAAAAGCAAAAUGCCUUUACACCAGAUCCACUCUGAUACUUCGCGCACGUAGCAUGCUGUGCUACUCUAAAAGGCAUUAUCAUGAUACUCAAAACAAUACUGCUGAGUUCAAAGUGGGGAACAUUACAUCACUUUAAUAGAGAAGAUUGAAUCAUAGCUAACGAGUGUAUGACCGUAAUCUGACAGUGUCAUCCUACGUCCUCCUUAUACUUCAUGCCCUAUUAUAAGAAUUGUUCAAUCGUUUGAGGCUCUCAUGAGUUACUACUUUUACUGUCUUUGAAGAAAUCCGACUUUUAUAAGAAAUGAUGAGACAUUAAAGCCAAAAUACACUAAUGAUGAGACAUUAAAUUCCAAAUAGAAUGAUACACUACCAGCAUUAGUGUGCUACCAUAAAAAAAACAAAAAAAACACCAACACUUCUUAGGAAGACCCAAUUACUUAGGACGAUGCAUUAACGGCUAAUUACGUGUUAAGUAGCUUUCUAAGCUUGCUUCUAUUUAUCUGAUUAGAAUGAUCUAUCAUUACUCUUAAAGCAGCUCUGUCACUUUGAUGGUUUUGCUUUUAAAUGUAAUCCUCUUCGUCUGUCUAUUUCUCCUUGGUUUUAUUUUAUUUCAUUUUUGUAAUUAUCCUUAGAUAUUUUUUUGUAAGUUACUUUUUCUUAUGUGAAGCAUGAUCUUUGGCAUUUUUUUGGGGAACUGGAUGGAGCUUAAUCAAAGUUACACAUUCCAGUUGCUAAACUAAUUUACCCACAAUCCAUCAGUCAAAAGAAUCCCACAGAAAGGCACAUGGCAAACUUUAUUGGCAGAGAAUAAAAUGGCAGCACCCUGGUAUUGAGAUCCAGCAUGUAAUAAAUGUGUAUAUGUUAGGGAGAUUGGAAUAAGUCUCUUUUUUAAAUUUAUAUAUAUAUAGUCUAGGAAAAAUGUAAUAUUCUUUAAAGCACAUGGAAGAAGUAUAAAAUAAGGGACAGGGUAAUGGGGGGAGUGUAAUCAUUAAGAUACAAUCCCUUACAUAAGUAAAGGAAAACUGAAAGAAAAACAAAUGACAGUUUAUAGCAUUAAGAAUACAACAUGUUAUCUUCCCACUAGAGUGUUACCAUACCUAUUUUGAUUGAUUCCCCUCCCAAACUAAUAAAAAAGGUUUUACUUACCUUUACUCCACAUGCGCCGGUCAAUAAGUGGAUGCUUCGCCUCCACUAGCUGAGAUAACAAGGAAACUAUUCCUAGCUAUGCAGUAUCCUAGUAAAGAGGUAACAGUUUUUUGUCCCUGUACUUGCACAAUUUUGCCUCUUUUAUUUAUAAAGUGCCAACAAAGUCGGACAAGACGAGUUGGACGCGCAGAAAAAAAGGGGUGUUGAGGGCCCUGAUCAACGAGCUUACAUGCUAGAGGGAGUGGGGUGUAGUGGCACAAAAGGUAAGGGUAGGAUGUAGUUCGUGUUCAGGAAAAAGUUUACAGUGAAGGGUUAGUUUACUGUCAGCUGCUGUUAAAUGCAAUAUUAAUUUACAUGGGAAUUAUUUACUUGCUCCUUCUCUGUAUCAUAGCAAUAAUUACCUUGAUUACAUGAAGAUAUGAGAACAGUCAUUAAGUCUUUGUUGUGUUUGCAGACUGUCACACCUAAGUUAUACACCAUACUUCAUGGUGAAAAAUAAACCUGUUUAGAUCAGAGCUAACGCUUUAAUUUAAUAGAUCAUGCAGCAAAUAUGUUUAUUGCCCAUUUGCUACCUGCAGAAUCAUAAGCCCUUUCAGUGUCAGAGGCUAUAAAACACAGACCGCAAAAGACUGAAUACAAUGCACAGUUUGGCAUGAGAGGUCCUGUGGCAGCAAUACUUUAAAAAAAAAAAAAAAAUUCUCUUGGUCCCUUGAUUUGGUGACAUGAGAAUCAUGCAGUCUGUGUUGACACUUGCUUUCUGCUGACAUUUAAUUUAGGAUUUAAUGAAAGUUAAAUGGGAUGAUGGCACCAUUCCCUUUUUUGUUCAUAUCUUAUCCUAAUUGUCUGUUUGAUAAAGUUCAAUUCGUUUCCACUUGGUUUAAUCUGCUUUUGGUGGUUCUUUUGCAAUAUUUGAUAUUUGCAUUUACUAAUUAAUUGGACAAAUAUAUCAUGAUUAAUCCAGUGACAUUUAUAUAUAACCUUCACAAUACUGUCAAUAAUGUCGCUAUACCAGUGUGAAAUUUCCUUUUAAUUUUUUUUUUUAUAUUCUGGCUAAUAUUGUAUAUUAAUACAAUUUCCCACAAUUUAUUCAUUCUGUCCAUUAAAUUCCUAAAAUUAUUUUCUAGCUGCACAAAUUAUAUAACUAAAGUAAAACAAAAACACAAAUGGACACAUCUUGCCAUUUUAGAAUCCACAGGGAUAUGAAUUCCAUAUUUAUUAUUAUUUUAUUAUUUACAUAGUGCCAGCAAAUUCCGUAGCGCAGUACAAUGGGUGGACUAACAGACACUAAAUUGUAACCAGACAAGUCGGACGCACAGGAACAGAUGAGUUGAGACUCAUGGAAUAUUUGUCUUUGGAUACAAUGCAAUCCUCCAUGGUUUCAACAGACCUUUAACAACCGUGCAUAUAAUAUAAAUAAAAGAAAUCGCGAUCUGUUCUUACUGGUAAAACAUUUUAUAUAUGAAUAAGAAAUAAAUCCGUUUAUUGUUUGAGGCGAUGUGAGAAGCGAGUGAGCCUUAGAGGAAUAUUAUUGUUUAUGUAGAACAUGAAAGCAGAAUUAUGGUUUUUCGCUUAUGAAACACAUUACGUUAUGAGAGCACAAGUUUUGUCUGGUCCUGUUGGCAAAAUAUAAUCCUUGAGCUUUCAAAGGUAGCAUUGUUUUCCCAGAAUGCAUCCCCACCACAAAAGUUUACUUCAGUAUUUUCCAAGAUGGCUCAGUGAGUGAUGAUUGCAUGGGAAUAAACAAUUCAUCCUUAAAUAACUGAAUUUGUAAAUUUUGUUCGAGAUUAGAAUUCUGCAAAAUAUCCUUUUAACCCCUUAAGGACCAAACUUCUGGGAAUAAAAGGGAAACAUGACAUGUCACAAAUGUCAUGUGUCCUUAAGGAGUUAAAGAGUGAAGCCCACAUUUUAACGUGAUAUGAAUUUAUUUAAAGGAACACUUUAUAAAAAACACUAACAUUUUAGUAGAUGAUGUAAACCCAAAGAAAAUAUGCAUGUUAUUUAUUUUGUAUGUUUUUUUAAUAAAAAAUGGUAUAUGAAAUCUCGGCUUGCAAUAGCUAUGUAUCUAGUAUCUGCAGCUAUUGCAAGCUCUCCCCUUCUGCCCCAGUAUGGACGGUCUAUGACUGGCCAAUCACAAACUUGCUGAGCCAAACUACCAAAAAGCAACAGCACUGAUGGUCUGAUGCAAUAGAAAUUGGCACUUUUAGAAAAUGACACACUUUCGCACAUAAAGCACUAAAGCAAUUUGGACAUUCUGUCCCAUGUCUCCCAUCACAGUGCAAGCUUAUUGCAAAGUUAGGUCUGUAGACUUAAAUAUACUGAUGUACAUAAAUUGUACAUAUAAUAAACUUGCACAAUAAAUGGAGUCUGUACUUUGUAUAAAUGGUUUCUGCUGUGUUUAUAUGCUGUAAUAAAGCCCAGGAACAAACUAACCAGAAGGAGGGGGUGCUGCCAAGUGAAACAUAUAUUCAAUGGCAAACAGUCCUUAUUUAUUCAGUACCAAGGUAAUUACAGAUCCCACUGGUCUCAUCUCCAGAAGUGGAAGGAAUGUAGGAUUAAAAAUCAAACUCCUGUGUAGUAUAAAAUAGCCAUGAAUGCAAUUAUCCAGUAAUGCAUAGUGGAACAUAUGCUGUUCGCUAGAACCUUGGCAUAAUGAUGGAAUUCUAUAAUGUUCUAAUUGUAGACUUGAACAAGAAAUUGGAGAUCUUGAAAAGGAGGAAUCCCAGCUGUCUGCAAAAGAGGUGCGGGUUCUGCAGAGAUUGAAAUCCGUGGAACGUACAACAGAAGACAUUAUAAAG